GGACAAGAUAACACUCCCACAACCCCCCAUUCGCACUCCCAAAGAUAAUAUAGAAGGAGAGAGCCACAUACUUCAAGAGAGAGGUGAAGAAAGAAGCUGGCCGCAGAUUCGUUUUCCAGUAGAUAGGGUUGCUUGUUUGAUCCAUAACUUGAGAUUUAUGCGUCCAAUAAAGGCGUGUGAGAUACCAAAAGAAAUAUCUCAAGACUAGAAAUCCGUGAAGGUCUGGUUUGCAUCAAUCAGAGUAGUGUAAAGCUUCCAAAUCGUCCGAGAAAAACACAACCUCGCAGAAACAGAUUUACUCUUCUAAAGAAACGAGUUCGCCGGAAAACAGCCAUUCUAGGGGCUGUUUUUGUAUCAACGUUUAGGGGUUGAGCUAGCACUUUGAGGAGGCUGUUUAACACCCAUACUUAGGCAAGGAAUCAGUUCUUAAUCCACCUUGACCGAAGCUUUGACCAUUGAAUCAAGAAGGAAAGGCUUAAAGCUCAAUUAAGGUUGAGCCUCGAGCUUGCUACCUGUGCCCGUUGCUCGGGUGAUCCUUUGGAGUGAAGACGUGGUUGUUGACGUGUCCAGGGAGGUCCGGGGCGUGACAACAAGCACUACUAGAAAAUUGUCUUAUAGUGACACUUUUAUAGUGGUAGUUUUAGAAAUUAGUCACUAACAGAUGCAUUAACAAAGCAACACUUUCUGAUGACAGCUCUUGGCUGCAAUGGCUGGUUUCGAAACAAGAGCUAUCAUCAGAAAGUGUUGCUUUGUUAAUGCAUCUGUUAGUGACACUAAUUUCUAAAAGUGUCUGUAAGACAGUUUUCUAGUGGUGUAUAUCUUGACCAGGGAAUAAAAAAGCACAAAACAGUGCCAUAUACUCCCCAGCAAAAUGGUAUAGUUGAGCAUAUGAAGAGAACUUUGCUUGAUAAAGUGAGAAGCUUACUUGCUACCUCUAGCAUGUCUAAGAAAUUAUAGAGUGAAGCAGUUAGUACUCUUGCCUAUUUGAUAAAUAGGUCCCCUUAUGUUCCUCUAGGAGGAAAGUGUCUUGAACCUGUUAUGUCUGGUAAACCCGUUGACUUAUCCAAUCUUAGAGUCUUUGGUUGUGCUGCCUAUGUUCAUCAACAACUGGAUAAGUUAGAUCCUAGGUCUAAGAAAUGUGUUUUCCUAAGGUGUCCUUAUGGGGUUAAGGGUUAUAUAAGUUGUGGGAUAGAAACCAAAUGGGUUUUAAGGUAGUGAUCGUUAGGGAUGUGAUUUUCAAUGAGUCUAAGUUUCUCUGUCUGAAUGUUCCUACACCAAAUCAAAUUCCUAUUUCUGAUAGUGUCCAACUUGAGGUGGAGUCUAUUCCUAUUGCUCUCAUUCCAUUAUUCGAUACAGAUGUGAAUAAUUUAGAUGUUACUGAUGUUGAAAAUACCUCCACUGCUAGUGAGGUGGAUUCUUUAAAUGAUCAUGAACUUGAAUUUCAUGAUAUACAUGUUGAGUCUGAUUUUCAUGAUAACAGUGACCAACGUAACCCGUCUAUGGAGCAUGAAGUUUAUGAUUUUCAUAACUAUCGACUUGGUAGGGAUAGAAGUUAGAGAAUUGUCAAAGAAACUUCAGAUAUAGUAUGUCUGAUUAUGCAUUUCACAUGCAUGACUAUGUUUGCUCACUCUAUGAUUCAGACCCUAGAGUUGAAUGAACCCAAAACCUAUAGUAAAGCCCCGAGUUCUAAGGAGUCCCAUAAGUGGCUUAGCGUCAUGAAAAGUGAGAUGGAUUCUUUGAGAUUUAAUCAAACCUGGAUCCUUGUUCCCAACCUCCCAACUGCUCUGUUGUAGGGUGUAAAUGGUUGUUUAAGGUAAAUAAAGGAAGAAUCCAACAAUGUGAGGUUUAAGUUUAGGUUAGUUGCCAAAGGGUUUACUCAAAAGAGGGGAUAAAUUAUGCUCAGAUAUUUGCUCAUGUGGUUAAGUUUACUACUGUCAUAAUUAUGCUUGUUCUUGUUGCUCACUUAAAUUGGGAAAUGAAACAGAUGGGUGUGACCACUACUUUCUUGCAUGGUGAUCUUGAUAAAAAGAUAUACAUGACCCAACCUAAAGGGUUUGUGGAUCCCAAGAAGAGUGAUUAUGUGUUUUUUUUUUGUUUUUUAACCCCAGAAAGCAAACCACCAAAAUCGGUGGGGUAAAUGCCGAGGGACAUUUACCGGUUUUUAUUAGAGGUACAAAAUGAGAGGAGGAUAAGGAAGGCCUUGUAUGGUCUGAAGCAAACUCCUAGACAAUAGAAUAUUAAUUUUGAUCAAUGCAUGAAAUAUAUGAAGUUUGCUAAAUAUGCUUGUGAUCAUUGUUUGUAUUAUAAGAAUACUUCUUAUAUGCAUGUGUUCUUAUUGCUUUAUGCGGAUGAUAUGUUAAUCAUUAGUCCCAACCUUGAUUCCAUUGUUCAUGUGCAAAGUUGUCUCUGUGAAAAUUUUUCCAUGAAAGACCUAGGAAAUGAAAAGAGGAUCCUAAGCAUUAACAUCAUUAGGGAUAGGAGCAAAUCUACUCUUUUGCUAAACCGAGUUUCUUAUGUGGAAAAGGUUUAAGUAAGUUUAAUAUGCAACUUGCUUUUCUUGUUAAUGUUCCUUCGACAUCUCAUUUUGUGCUAAGUAAGGAUUAGGGUUGUUAACAAACCGAGCUUUUAUCGAACUAUUCGAGUUCGAGCUCGGUUUCGAACCUAAAGAACUGAGCUUAACGAGCUUUCAAACGCGAACCCUAGCUGAGUCUUAAGUUCGAAAAAUUAAUCGAGCCGAGCUCGAACAUAGUAGUAUUCGGUUCAGUUCGAACUCGAGCCUAUCGAACACCCUGAAAUUAUAAAUAUAAUAUAUAUAUAUAAUCAAAAUUUUAAAUAUAAUUAGUAUGAUUUUAUAAAUUUAAAUAUGAUUAUUAACGAACCGAAUACUUGUCGAAUCAUUCGAGCACGAGCCUAUUAACGAGCAUCACCUAAAAUUUUAAAUUCGGCCAUAUUUAUCGAGUUUAUCGAGCGCUCGGUUCGAACAUCGAACGCCUAUCGAGCCGAACACGAGCCUCAUUUGUAAAGCUCGUCAUUUGUAAAGCUCGUCGAGCUUCGAGCUCGAACCCGAACAUCAUUAAUUCCUUACCGAGCCGAACUCGAGCUUUAGGUGUUCGGGCUCGGCUCGUUGACAGCCCUAGUAAGGACGAGUCUCUCAAAAUUGAUUCUAAAAUUAAUAAGAUGGCUAAUACUCGGCCAGACUGGAAUAUGGCCAUAUUCCAGUGUUAUUGGUUUUGUCAUGUACCUUAUAGUCAAUACUCGGCCAGACAUUGUUUAUGUUGUUAGUUGUUUAAGUUUUUACAUGUCUAAUCCUGUUAUGCCUCACUGGAAUGCUUCGAAAUGGUUGUUGAGAUGUCUGAAAGCUAUUGUGAAACAUGGUUUGAUUUUUGCUAAGUGUCUUGAUGGUAAUGUGUUAAAUGGCUAUCAGGAUUCUAACUAUGUUAAUGGUAGAGAUAACAUGAAAUCUACCACCUCUUAUGUUUUUACCUUGUGUGGAUGCUGCAUUAAUGGGAAGUCCCAAAUGCAACGUACUAUUUCACUUUCCACUAUUGAGUCUGAAUAUGUGGCUACAACAGAAGCUUUUAAGGGAGUUACAUUACUGUUUACUCAGAUAGUCAGUCUGUCAGUUAACUUUGUAAAAAUCUUGUGUUUCAUGAUAGGACUAAGCACAUUGAUGUUAGGUUCCACUUGAUUCGAGAGAUUGUGGAUGCUGGAGAUAUCAUGCUGGACAAGAUUUCAUCAUAGUUCACUCCCUAACUAGCUCCCUUGCGGUGACCUUCUUGCGAGUGAGGAUGUCAAGCAGAGAGCUGGAAUUUUUAUCUUUUAUUUUCUGUAUUUCAUUAUAAACAGAGAGCCUGAAUUUUUCAUUAAGGGCAUUUUGGUCCGGUCAAGUCCUUUUAAAUCCUAUGAAACGUUAGAGCAUCUCUAAUGUUACAAUGUGUACGGUGCACACGUGGUAUGAGAGAUAACUACAUAAAUACUAGUAAAUAAAUUAUUUCUCUCCUUAUUUGAAUUGUUUUGUAUAGUUUUGGUAAGUUUUUCUCCACUAUGUCAAGAAGACCGUCUAGAUAUUGACAUUGCAGUUGACAUUGCAGGGAAAGACUUACUAAAAUUGUUUAAAAUCAUUUAAAUAAGGAGAAAGAUAAUUUAUUUGUUAAUAUUUAUGUGACUAUCACUUAUGCUACAUGUGCACCGUGCACAUUGUAGCAUUGGAAAUGCUCUUAGACUCUUAUACACGGAAUUAGCCCAUAAAAACGCAUUCUUUUUCAAAAGACGCAUACUGAACGCUACUCACUGUGUUGGCAGUUGGGCACCAAACAAAAGCUCAG